AUGAUUGUGUCGGGUGCUCUCGGCCAACACAUGCUACCACUAAUUCAUGAUGUGCCUCAACUCGAUUCAGUCUAUGUUUUAUGGGAAAACGAGUCUAGCCAUGAGCAAUGGGUGAAAGACUGGUCGAAAUUGAAGGGUGCUUUUACACAAAUCGCUCCCAUUUGUGAUUUACUUAAACAAGCUGUACGACAAUGUGAUCAAGAUUCUAUCUCAGUCAGUUUUGUUUCGGCGACUGAGGCAUCAAAUCGAAAUUUUGACCAACUUGAUCAAUCAUUUAUGUAUACACAAAUACUCAAGGAAAUUCUAUUAGAAAUCGAAUAUAAUGAACAAUCCAUCAAAGAAUUGGCUGCCUAUUGUCGUGAUCACUACCUCGAAAACCCUCGCGAGCUGUUGAUUAUCGAUAAGUUCCAGCGAGAAUAUCACCAUCAGUCGCCUAUCUGGUGGUAUACUUACGAGUGUUUUAUCUAUCAUAUGCUCAACCGGGCCCUACGCACUCAAGAAGUUGAUACAAUAAUCAAAAUGGGUUUUUUCGUUCGAGAUCUCCAUCGACAUAUCGAACAACUUCACUCGGAGCAAUUCGGUGACCACCUCGGACGGUCAUUUACUGUCUACCGCGGUCAAGGCCGAAGAAUUGUACCGGGCACUGUUCGAUCAGGCACACAACGACGAGGAGAAAGCGCACCUCUAUCAUCAGUUUGGAUUAAUCAAGUAUAA